AGACUAUCACUAUUGGUGGAUGUGAUGGGUUAAAAGUUGUCACUUUUAGGGGCUGCAAAGAAUUGGAGAACAUAUUCUUGAAAGGGUCUUUGGAGAGUCUCGAGGAGCUAGAACUCUCAGGCACAAGAGUGAAAACCCUUAACUUGACAGGAGUGGAAGCCAGAUCACUCCCCAAGCAGAUCAUCCUGCUAGGCUGCGAGAAGCUCCAUGCAAUGUUGUGGCCACUAAGUGUGACGAAGGAAGAGUUGCCGAAAGUGCUGCACAUUGACACAACAUCUUCAUCAGUAACAGCUUACGAAGGGGAGGCACCACUUGUGCAUCCACAUGUUGAUCUAGCCCUCCACCAGCAGAAAGAAGAAAUGUUUAAGGGUGGAUGGCAGAUUUCUCUCACGGAUACAAGGCUCCUUAGGUCGCUUUCUCCUUUAGGAGAUUUUUCAAGGGCCUCAUCCAUACAUAUUGAUAUCUAUCCUGCAGCUACUGAUGGUGGCACUGGUAGCAACAUCCAGGGAACAAGCAGUGAGACACCAGCGCAAGUCCAGCCGCAUACAAGUACAGUAAUGGACUCCAAGUACAGAGAUACCUUGAAGGAUGGGCCAGUUGCAGCAGUGACGAUGUGGGACUGCCCCAAAAUAUGUUUAGCGUGGUGGAAACCAAAUAAGACACCAUGUAUCAUAAGAUCAUACAUGGGCAGGACAACAAACUUUUGGAGGAUGCUCCAGAUGCUACUACUAGCACUUUAUUAUUGCCUGAUUUUAUUUGUGAGCAGGUUACAUCGCUGCACGUGUAUGAUAACCCGUCUAUCACCAGUGUCCCUGCAUCUCCCCACGGAUUAGUAUUGGAUAGUCUAAUAUGGUGCCGGGUAGAGAGGUGCCCCAAGUUGCACACUGUCUUUACUGUUCCUCAGGGCCCUUUUUGUCUGGAGACAUUCUGGGCGUCCCAGCUUCUCUCCGCAGUCUACAUCUGGGACAAACCAGUUAAAAGUAAGUUCAAACACAUCGAAAUCUUGCACCUGGACUACUGCCCCAGGCUUGUACAUGUGCUCCCCAUGUCCAUAUGGAAGAGAGGCACCACCUUUUCUAGCCUGGAGACCAUUGAGAUACUGUACUGCAGUGACCUCAGGGAGAUAGUGUACUGCGGUGACCUCAGGGAGGUCUUCCCUUUGGGCCCUGAGCAUCAACAACAGGAUAUAAUUCUCGAAUUUCCCAAGCUGAGGCACAUCCACCUGCACGAGCUCCCUACGUUGCAGUGUAUCUGUGGGCGCAGGAUGUCCGCGCCUAAACUCGAGACUAUCAAGAUCAGGGGCUGCUGGAGCCUUAGGCGUCUGCCUGCCGUUGGACGUGACACUAAACCACCCACGGUGGACUGUGAGAAGGAAUGGUGGGACAACCUGGAGUGGGACGCGUUGGAGAAGUACCACCACCCUUCCCUCUACGAGCCGAGCCACUCGCUAUACUACAAGAAGGCCCAGCUGCCCAGAGGCACCGUACUCAGGUGAUCGAUCUCUGAUCUUGAGCUUCUUUGAACGCAGCAUGCAUGAUUGCGAGGCAUGAAGUGCUACCUCCUACAUUACUGAAGCUUUCUUGCCGUGUGGGUUGCUUUUCCCAGCUUCCCGCUUGAUUGGUGUGUGGUGUUCUCGCUACAUCUGCGCUACCUUGGUACAGCGAUGCGACUUUCAGUUUGAUUUUGGUUUGGUUUGAUCAUCCUUGCUUCCCGAGCAAUUGAGGAGUAAAGCAGAGUAGGCUUUCAGUUUCCUCAGACCUGCAUAACUGAAGCUUUCCUGCCAUGUGUGCCUGAUU